AAAGGAUGUAUUCUCCUCGCUGAGAGUAAAGCAACGGUGAAACGCAAUGUCCAACCAUAUUCCAAACGAUGCAGAUGAGGAGUCUCCCCUCAUUCGCGAUGAGAUUCUCAAUCCUCACUCUAAGUCCGACUCUGCUCACCGAGACUCCACACCAGAACAUGUCCUUCCAAUCGCGCUCCUUGCGUCAUUGGCAAUGGCCUCAACGGCGGCGACAUCAUAUUAUGCCUAUGCCACACUUCUAUGCCGCGAUCCUGCGCACUGUCGUGGAGAUGAGAAAAGCCGCUAUGCGGGCACGGUGGCAGUAGCUGUUUCUGCCGCUAAUGUCUUCGGCAUACUUGCAUUAGGACACUUACAGAAACUCUCCGUGAGUAAUCAAAAGCUUGGGCUGUUGCUCUGGAUGGGUACGAGGUCUAUGAGCGCGGUAAUGCUUUUGUUAGGCGUGUUUUUCAAAAGCAUCUUCAUAGCACUGUCCGGCCGUAUAUUUGAGGGGUUGGCAUCUGAUAAUCUACUGCACUAUGUUCUCAAUGCCAUAUACUCGCAAACGAACGAUGACAGAAGAACAUCAACACUGAUCGGCAGCUCCAUGGCGCUAUACCUCGCGGGCAUAUCAAUCUCGCCUUUUGUUGCGGGCCUGUUCCAAAACUUCACCAUCAGCUUUUUUAUCGCUCUGGGAUUGUUCGUGUUCGCUAUUGUUUACCUCCAAAUCUUCAUUCCCUCACGCUCUGGUUCUACAUCAAGGAAACCGACCAGUACAGAAGAAGCCUUCUCCGCUGCAGUACCUCGCAAUCAGGACCGCGAUGAGCCAUGGAGAAAUCUGAUGAGAACAAUCUCAAGCCCUCUUAUCUCAUUCCGACAACAUCCCAAGGACCUGACCUUCGGACUCUCCCUCCUCGCAUACAACCUCGUUCAAUCCUACAUGUUCAGCGCUCUGCUAGUCCACACAUCUCUUCAAUUCAACUUCACGGGGCGCGAAAACGGGAUCCUGAUUUCCCUAGCACACUCAGUGGCAGCUGUCUACUUGGCACUGGCUCUCUAUAUCCUCCCGAGCGUGCUCAGAGCAUGGAGAUCAAGGUCUUCGAACGACGCACGGUCAUCCUCAAAACGUACAGCGGUACAAAAAGACGCACUGCUAGCUACGUUGUCACAGAUCAUCCAAGUCUUAUCGCUCAUUGGCCUGGGCUUUGCGUCCACCGCGAAGCAGAUAUAUGCUCUCACUGCAUUUUUGGCGCUUAGUUUGCCUGCAUCCUCUUUUAUUAAGGGGGCCUUCGUGGCGACUUGCGAAGGAGAAGAGAAGACCAGAGGCCUAGCGGCACUAGCAGCUAUGGAAACCGUGGGCAGUGUACUUGGGCCGUUGGUCAUAGGUGGAUGGCAAAGCUACUCAGUAGCCGGGCCAACGGUGUUCUUCAUCGCGGCAGGAAUUGCGGCUUUCUCGAUGGUGUUAUUCUGUUUAGGUGUUGUGGGCAAAGGAACGUUUAGAUAGGCACAGUGAUUCUGGUCGCUGACACCAAUGUCUUUUGGCCUUUUUUUUUGAGCUCGGAACUACACUCCCUCUAACAGACGACGCUUCUC